AAACACUCGGAUCCGGAUCCACACAACGGAUAUCUCUCAACAAUCCUUUUUUUAUAGCCAAGUCCAUUGCACCUCUUGAUUUCUCUCUCUAUACAACUCUUCACUACAUCUGUCUAUAUAUCUUCUUCUCUACGCGUAUUUGCAGAGUCUUGAUUGCCUAGAUUUAGAUGGACAAGGGAUGGGGUCUUACCCUUGAUUCUGAGCCUUUUAAUUUCUUUGCUGCAAAUCAGAAGUCGAGUAGUAGUUCGUUUCAUAAUCUCGGGAUGUUUCAGUUUCCAGUUAGUCUUGGGGCUCAGGCCGAUGAGAAUCGAGCCCUCGUUGGAGAGGUUGACUUUCUUAAUCGAAAGGACAGGAUUGUUGAUCAUGAACAUGAUGAUCGAGAUGAUGACGGUGGUGGUGGUGGUGGUGAUGGAAGAACAGUUGAUGUUAACGUCAAGAAGGAGAAUUCUCAAUCCAAUUUGGAUGUUAAUACUGGGUUGCAUCUUCUGACUGCUAAUACUGGAAGUGAUCAAUCAAGGGUACUGGUCCUACGGGAUGAUGGAGUAUCAUCAGAUAUGGAUGAUAAGAGAGCCAAGAAGGAAUUGGCACAGUUGCAAACAGAGCUCCAUAGGAUGAAUUUAGAGAAUCAAAGGUUGAGAGACAUGCUUGAUCAAGUGACUACCAACUACCGUGCUUUAGAGAUGCACCUUGUAGCACUGAUGAAGCAACAACAUGAAUCCACACAAGAUCACCCGAUUGUUGAAGGAAAAUCUGGGGAUAAGGUGGUUGACAUGAGGGUGCCAAGGCAGUUCAUGGAUCUAAGACCUUCAGCAACAGCUGAGACCGGUGAGAACGUAUCUAAUUCAUCGUCUGAUGAGAGAACUCGAUCUGGGUCGCAUCAAAAUAACAUUGAAGUUGCAUCUAAAACUAGCGUUCAAGAUAAUGGCAAGAGAGUUGGCAGGGAAGAGAGCUUGGAAUCAGAGUGGGAUACUACCAAGGCUCAGAAAUUGAACAAUUCUGCUAAGAGUUUUGGUAGUGUUGAUCAGUCUACUGCCGAUGCCACGAUGAGGAAAGCUCGUGUAUCAGUUCGUGCCCGAUCAGAAGCUCUCGUGAGCACUGAUGGCUGUCAAUGGAGAAAAUAUGGACAAAAGAUGGCGAAGGGAAACCCAUGUCCACGAGCUUACUAUCGAUGCACCAUGGCAGUUGGUUGCCCAGUUCGCAAACAAGUUCAAAGAUGUGCAGAGGACAAAACCAUUUUGAUAACAACAUAUGAAGGCAACCACAACCAUCCACUGCCACCAGCUGCAAUGGCCAUGGCAUCAACCACAACGGCAGCAGCCACAAUGUUACUAUCAGGUUCAAUGUCAAGUGCAGAUGGAAUAAUGAACACAAACUUACUAGCAAGAGGAGUACUUCCUUGUUCAUCAACCAUGGCAACCAUUUCAGCUUCUGCUCCAUUUCCUACUGUGACAUUAGACCUUACUCACUCCCCCAACCCAUUACAAUUCCAAAGACCUCCUGCACAAUUCCAGUUCCCAUUUCCUGGACAUCCCAACAAUUUUGGGAACCCACAGUUGUUUCAGGCAAUUGGUCAAACAGUUUAUAACAACCAAUCAAAAUUCUCCGGACACGAAUUCUCUCAAGACAUGAGUUCUUCCCAUUUACCAGCGCAAUCUUCACCAUUUGCUGACAACAUGAGUGCGGCCACCGCUGCCAUCACUGCUGAUCCUAAUUUCACGGCAGCACUAGCAGCAGCCAUUACCUCUAUUAUCAACAGUGGUGGAAAUGGUGCUAGCAACAACACCAACAAUGCCACCACCCUCCACCAACACAAGCAACAAUAACAAAAUCAGUAGUUUCCCUGGAAAUUCAUUAGAAUUGGGGGUCUUUUGUUGUUUCAUUUGUCUUCUUUUUUUGGGUUUCUUUUAAUUUCUUUGGAGGACCAGAAUGAAAAUUACAUGUUGAUAGGUUUAGGGAGAAGAAAAAAAGUUCCAUUAUUUCUUUGUUA